UAUCUCUGUUGCAGACACCAAUCUCCAAACCACAUGUUUCUUUCAUUUGUAAUUACAAAGCAAAGAACAAAACAUUAAUCGGUUUCAACAAAAUAUUUUUCUGCCUGUUGUUUUUCCAACCCUCCAUCCAUUCCUGCCAUUUUAUGCCUACCUUUCUUCUCGUACUUCCAUUCUUGUUUUCCCAGAAAAUUACCAAGAAGGAAAAUAUUUCCUCAUGCUCUUAAAUCUUGUAAUCCAUCAAGUUUUCAGUGAUUAUUUAACCAUUGCCUUAGCAUUACAAACUGUAUUUUGCUAAUGGGUGCGCACGUAGCUAGGCUUGUGCGCACACCAUCUACAACAUUAGUUUUUUUAUAUUUUAUAAUUGAUAUAAUAUUAUCAUAUUUCGCACUUAUGUCGAAUGGAGAUUCUGAUUCAGAUGCUCUUUUGAAAUUUAAAAAUACUAUAGCGAAUAACUCAUUCGCUCUUACAACUUGGAAUUCCUCCACAAGUCCUUGUAAUGGAAACACACCAAAUUGGAUUGGUGUACUUUGUUAUGGUGGAACCAUAUGGGGUUUACAGCUCGAAGGCAUGGGGCUAAAUGGAACUAUAGAUGUAGACUCGCUUGCUUCAAUGAGGUAUUUGCGUACAAUAAGUCUUAUGAACAAUCAUUUACAGGGUCCAAUACCUAAGAUAAACAAAUUGAAUGGACUGAAAUCUUUAUUUCUAUCAAAUAAUCGAUUUUCGGGGGUGAUUCCUGAUGAUGCAUUUCUGGGUAUGUCAAAUUUGAAGAAAGUUUUAUUGGCAAAUAAUGGCUUUUCGGGUCCAAUUCCUUCUUCCUUAGCUAACUUACCUAGGCUUUUAGAAGUGAGACUUAAUGGCAAUCAAUUUCAAGGACGCAUACCAGAUUUUCAACAGGCUGAUCUCAAGUUGGCUAGUUUUUCUAACAAUGAUUUAGAGGGUCCAAUCCCUCAAAGCCUAAGCUCAAUGGAUCCAACCUCAUUUGCAGGCAACAAAAACUUAUGUGGAUCUCCUUUGGAUCCAUGCCAAUCUAUACCAGAACCCAUAACUAAUAGCCCCCCACCAAAUGCUCCUCCAAUAAACAAUGUAGUUCCUUUACUCUUGAGAGUUGCCAUUAUUGCAAUAGUUGUAGGGUUAAUACUAGCUCUAAUUGCGGUGGCACUGUUUAUAUUCCAAUGGAGGAAACAAAAAUCUGAAGCACAAUAUUAUGAGGCAUCACUGAUGGAAGGUUCAAGAAGAAAAUUACCAAGCAUUGCUAGACAAACAGAUCAGUCAUCCCAUAAGUUAGCCCCUGAAGUUACAAGUCACUCUAGAAGGAGAGAUGAUGCAGGGAAACUUUCUUUCGUACGAGAUGAUAUCGAGAAAUUUGAUUUACAAGACAUGUUGAGAGCAUCUGCUGAAGUUUUGGGAAGUGGAACUUUUGGAGCUUCAUACAAGGCAGUGAUAAUGAGUGGACAAACUUUGGUUGUGAAAAGGUAUAAGCAAAUGAAUACAGUUGGGAGAGAAGAAUUUCAUGAGCACAUGAGAAGACUUGGGAAUUUGAAACAUCCAAAUGUUUUACCUCUUGUUGCAUACUACUAUAGGAGAGAAGAGAAGUUGUUGAUUACUGAGUUUGUUCAUAAUAAUAGCCUUGCCAAUCACCUCCAUGCAAAUCACAGCUUGGACCAACCAGGAUUGGACUGGAUGACUCGAUUAAAAAUCAUAAAAGGAGUAGCAAGGGGUUUGGCUUACUUAUACAGUGAGCUGCCAUCAUUGACCAUUCCCCAUGGUCAUUUGAAGUCUUCUAAUGUGCUCCUGGAUGAAACCCUAGAAGCAGUUUUGACAGAUUAUGCUUUAAGGCCUGUAAUGAAUGCUGAUCAUGCUCACUCAAUCAUGGCUGCUUACAAAUCACCAGAAUAUGCACAGACUGGAAGCAUAUCCAGGAAAACAGACGUAUGGUGUCUUGGAAUUCUGAUUUUGGAAUUGUUGACAGGAAAAUUCCCAGAAAACUAUCUAACACAAGGGUAUGAUAGUAAUGCAAGUUUAGCUACUUGGGUAAGUUCAAUGGUUAAAGAAAAACGAACAAGUGAAGUUUUUGAUGGGGAAAUGAGAGGAACAAAACAUAGUAAAGGUGAAAUGAUAAAUCUAUUGAAGAUUGGAUUGAGUUGUUGUGAGGAAGAUGAAGAGAGAAGAAUAGGGUUGAAUGAUGUGGUGGAAAAGAUUGAACAAUUGAGAGAAUCUACCAUUGAUAUUGAUGAUCAAGAUCCAUUUUCUGCAACUGAAACUGAUCAAGUCAAUUUGUAUGCUUCUAGGGUGAUGGAGGAUGAUGCUUCUUUCUCACUCAAUCGAUGAUUUUCGGACAAUUAUAAACAAACUGUAUGAUCCCAAA